AUGUCCAACCUGAACUCUACUAGCUCAAAUUCGAGCUCAGUGACAACAAGAACGGAUGCAAAUGUUUCAUCAAUCGACCAGUUGCUCGAUCUAAUUGAUUCCCAAUUACAAUAUCAAUCAACACAAACCUCAAAACAAGGAACAACAGGAGUUCAAUUUCCUCCUCCAACCUCAAUUCAUUCAUAUCCAGCAGCUCUCCCUUCUCCUUAUGUCACUCCUCCCCUGUCUGAUUAUUAUCCUCCCCCUCCCUAUACUAGUACUAGGAGUGAACCAUCACAUACCCCGUAUACAUAUACUCCCUAUACUAGUACUAGGAGUGAACCAUCACAUACCCUGUAUACAUAUACUCGCUAUACUAGUACUAGGAGUGAACCAUCACAUACUCCCCAUACUAGUACCCCGUACCCGUCUGAUUAUACUCCCCCGUCUGCUUAUACUAGGAUUACACCAACCUCUCCACCUCAACAGUGUGCAUCCCCAUAUACACCACUUCCACCACCUCAAGCAGGAAAAUCGUUGGCAAAAAAUGAUGCUCACUAUUCUCCAACACAAGUCCUGUCUUCAGCCACUAAUGGCAAGCCAGCCACCUCAAUUCAGCUCCCUCAACCAGCUCAAGCAGAAGAAUUGUUAGAUAAAAAUCAUCCACAAGAAACAGUCCUUUCUCCUAAUAACCUCACAACUCAGGCCCCUCAACCAGUUCAAGCAGAGGAAUCAUUGGAGAAUUAUCUUCGAGAGACAACAAAUGAUACUCACUAUUCUCCAAUACAAGCAGAAGAACCGCUGGAUAAAAAUCACCCCCCAGAAACAGAAAAUGAUGCUCACUAUUCUCCAAUACAAGUACCAUCUCCUAAUGGCGCUACCAGCAACAUCAUGCUAACCACAACUCAACCAGUUCAACCAGCUCAAGCAAGAGCUGCUCUCUUUUCCCUGCGAAACUUGAAUCCAGACACCACUAGAUCGCGACAUCAUUCAGUCAGACUCUCUACUUUACGACCAAUGGGACAAUUUGGUCAAUGUGAGGAAUGCAAAAGUACAAGAACAGGAUUCAAGUGGUGUCAAUAUUGCAACAGCGAAUUGUUUCAGAAGAACUUUGCAAAUUGGACAAGUGGCUCCAAGGAAAUCGACAAUUUUAUUCAAGGAGCUCAACUUAAGGCAAUCAAUGUCAGAUCUAUUCUGGAAUGGAUAGACUACGAAGAAUUCACUAACGUAAAGCAUCUUGCAAAUGGUGGUAACAGCUCAGUAUUUACAGCAUAUUGGCCUCGAGGGCCUAUUCAGACAUGGGACACAAAUACCGAUGAUUGGGAGCGAGGCUGGGGACAGGCAAAUUCAAACGUAAUCAUAUUGAAGCGUAUAAAAAAUUCUAAUAAAGUGACAACAGGCUUUCUAAACGAGUUGGGCGCAUAUCACCAAUUUAACACGUUGGUCUCACACGUCGUGCGUUGUUAUGGCAUUUCGUGCUGUCCAACCACUAACGAGUUCAUUGUCGUCACAUCGUAUGCUGAAGAUGGAGAUCUUCGGCAGUAUAUUUCCAAGAACUUUGAUAAUUUUACUUUACAGCGAAAAAUUAUCACUCUCAGAGACAUUGCAAGUGGCUUGGUGACCAUUCAUAAAGCAGGAUUGUUGCAUAAAGACUUGCACACUGGCAACAUUCUGCGAUCCGGUAGCUGGACAAUGAUAAGCGAUCUUGGUCUUUGCUGGAAUGAUGCUUCUGUGGCAGGAAAUGAAAAGACAGUUCAGGGUGUGCUUCCUUAUGUAGCACCAGAAGUUUUACGUGGAAGGCCGUAUACUCGGGCGGCUGAUGUUUAUAGUGUUGGAAUGAUUAUGUAUGAACUAUGGUCAGGCAGGCCGCCCUUCGAAGGAAUAGAUUAUGAUUUACCGUUAGCAGUAGAUAUAUGUUCAGGAACCCGUCCUGAAAUUACCUUGGACACACCCACCUAUUAUUCUAUAAUUAUGCAAGCUUGCUGGGAUCAAGACCCUGACAUGCGACCUACAUCGCGUGAAUUAGAAAGGACAUUUGACAGUUGGAUUGAAAAUAUUGCAAACGGAGAGCUGCUUAGUCCCAAGACUUUUGCCAACAAGAAAUCAGUCAAUUCGACGAUGCAAAAGGAUGAAUCUAGAUUAUAUAAUUCACCUGAACAUAGCACGAGUCAACCAAUUCCUCCACUACCUGCUGAUCAGCAUGAACUUUUAGAGGAACUGGAUGAACGUCGGGAAGCUUUAUAUAAACGCUGUCUUGACAAUCGACUCAUCGAAAUGGCUGAAGAAAGGUCCAAAAAUCAAGAACAAGUAAAUCCUAUGACAUGGACACGGGAACUCAAAACACUUGCUGAUGAAAUCUUUGGCAGUUCAGUAAACACAUUACCAAUUACACUUGAUAUGGUAAGAACUGGACCUGAGCCUACAAGAGCAGCGGACAAUAAUGGGAGACAAAAUAGGAGUAGUAAGUAG